AUGGACAGUCCCAGUGCCGGAAACCAGUCAAGGCCAAGAAGGGCCGGCAAGUUAUUCCUUACAAUUAUAAUUGGCAGCUCUCCUCAUCUUCAGGCCCCCAUGUUCUUCUUUAUCAGCCAUUUAGCUUUUGUUGACAUCUGCUAUUCUUCAGUCAUUGUUCCCAAGAUGCUGGCAAACUUUCUAGUGAAGCAGAAAACAAUUUCCUGGGAAGGAUGCAUUGCACAGAUUUCUUUAUUUUUCCAAAUUGCUUGUGCAGAAGUAUGUAUCCUCGCAGCAAUGGGUUAUGACCGAUAUGUAGCUAUAUGCGACCCCCUGCAUUACAGCAGAUAUUUGACAAGAGAGAUAUGUAAUAAAAUUGUGGGCGUAGCUUGGCUCUUGGGUUCCUUUUAUUCUAUGGUGAAUGUAGUACCAUUGCAAAAUCUUCGUUUUUGUGGCAACAAUAUAAUCAGACACUAUACUUGUGAACUUCCUACACUUUUGGCCUUGUCAUGUGCAAACACCUUUACUAAUUACAUUAUUCUUUUUAUAUCUGUGUUGCUGUUUGGUUUCAGUUCAUUUCUUACAACACUUGUCUCUUAUAUUUACAUCAUUUUAACAAUCCUGAAAAUUAAAUCAGCAAGAGGCAGGAAGAAAGCUUUUUCCACAUGCAGCUCCCAUCUCAUUGUUCUGGGUUUAUUUUACAGUUCUGGUUUGAUUCGCUAUAUGAAGCCCAGUUCAGAAUCACUUGUAGAACUGGACAAAGUGAUCUCUAUUCAGUAUAGGAUUUUAACUCCAAUGUUAAACCCAAUUGUAUACAGCCUGAAGAACAAAGAGAUCAGAUCUGUUCUAUUUAAAAUGUUUGGAAAAUGUAGGCCUAAUCCAUGA